CUAUAAGUAUAAAUAUAUGUGCAGGGGUAGUGUAUUCAGUGAAGUCCUCUGCUGGUUCUUCACGUGGUUGACAUGGCUCCCAAAGGUUUGAUCGCCGUGACAACUGUUCUCCUCUGCUUCAUACUGGGCCUGCUCGGUCCAGCUACAGCUGCCCAGGGUUCCUAUUGUUGUACGAGAUACAAUAGGAAGCCGGUACCCUUCCAGCGUAUAAAAGGCUUCAGAGAACAAACCACCAAGGAAAACUGCCACAUCGAGGCGAUCAUUCUCUACACGGUUAAGAAGAAUGAGAUAUGUGUGACACGGAGAGACGAGUGGGUGAGGAAAGUUCUGGAAUUACUCAGUUCAAAACUGAAGAAGAUGUCCAAGACCGGCUCUGCUGCAGGUGGAACUCGGAUCAGCACCACAGAACCCUGCCUGAACUGCACCCAAAGUAUCUAUUAGCAAAAAUCAGGUUUUGGAAUUAAACAAUUUGUGGUGUAGAAAUGCCAAUUUGAGGGAGAGUUUGAGAGAAAUUGAACCUUCUAUAAUCCAGUCAUGUUGGGGACAUUAUUUCUGAAAAAGUAAAAAAACUUUUGCUUGCUUAAACAUAUAUGCAGUGUCAGCAUGUAAUCAAGACUUAAGGGGAACAUGAGAAGAGCAGCAAAAGAGAGACUUUUGAUGCAGAUUAUGUGUUUAGCCACUUCUGUUUUUUAAAUCACGCUAUUGUGACUAUUAUUCAUUGCCUGCUAUGAAUCUGCUGCUUCAUCAAGUUAAUGUGGUAAAACAUGCCAAUAGCAAUCCUCACGAAGAAAUAAAUUUACUUCAUAAUACUCCAA